ACAGUAUUUAUUUCCAAGCUGGGCACAGUGCUAGGUGUGGCUGCUCACUGGUGAUGAGACAGAUGGAGGUCACCAACCGUGUGGACCAGAGCCUAGUGUCAUAGACAUGGACCUCACUCUAGCCUGGUCAUGGCUUCCAGCUUCUCGGCUCUCGGGCUCCAGAGGAGGAAAUGACUGUUCAGGGAUCUUGCUCUAGAUUGAUUGCAGAAACUGAGCCUUCCUAGGGUGCAGACUUAACAAGGUCAGGGAAGUUUCUCUCUUUGAAGGGCUUUAAGUUUGUAACAAAGAAAAAAGAUGACGACUUCUUCUAUCAGACGGCAGAUGAAAAACAUUGUGAACAAUUACUCAGAAGCUGAAAUCAAAGUCCGGGAAGCCACUUCCAAUGACCCAUGGGGCCCAUCCAGCUCUCUGAUGACCGAGAUAGCUGACCUGACCUACAAUGUAGUGGCCUUCUCGGAGAUCAUGAGCAUGGUGUGGAAGCGGCUCAAUGACCAUGGCAAGAACUGGCGGCACGUGUACAAGGCACUGACGCUGCUGGACUAUCUCAUCAAGACGGGGUCUGAGCGGGUGGCCCAGCAGUGCCGAGAGAAUAUCUUUGCCAUCCAGACCCUGAAGGACUUCCAGUACAUAGACCGCGAUGGCAAGGACCAGGGCAUCAAUGUGCGUGAGAAGUCAAAGCAACUGGUGGCCCUUCUCAAGGACGAGGAGCGGCUGAAGGCCGAGAGGGCCCAGGCUCUCAAGACCAAAGAGCGCAUGGCUCAGGUUGCCACUGGUAUGGGCAGCAACCAGAUCACCUUUGGGCGUGGGUCCAGCCAGCCCAACCUCUCCACCAGCUACUCGGAGCAGGAGUACGGCAAGGCUGGGGGAUCACCGGCCUCCUACCAUGGCUCACCUGAGGCCUCGCUGUGCCCCCAGCACCGUGCAGGGGCCCCGCUGGGUCAGAGUGAGGAGCUGCAGCCACUGAGCCAGCGCCACCCCUUCCUGCCGCACCUGGGGCUAGCCUCCCGCCCAAAUGGUGACUGGUCCCAGCCCUGCCUCACUUGUGACCGCGCAGCCCGAGCUUCCACCUCACCGAGGGUGUCGUCUGAGCUGGAGCAAGCCCGGCCCCAGACUAGCGGAGAAGAGGAGCUUCAGCUGCAGCUGGCACUUGCCAUGAGCAGAGAAGUGGCUGAGCAGGAAGAACGCCUCAGGCGGGGUGAUGACCUCAGAUUGCAGAUGGCCCUGGAGGAAAGCCGAAGGGACACAGUUAAGGUUCCAAAAAAGAAAGAGCAUGGCUCCCACCCACAGCAGACCACUCUGUUGGAUUUAAUGGAUGCUCUCCCCAGCUCAGGCCCUGCUGCCCAGAAAGCAGAGCCCUGGGGCCCGUCUUCCUCAGCUAGCCAGACCAACCCCUGGGGCGGGCCAGCGGCUCCUGAGAGCACUUCGGAUCCCUGGCCAUCGUUCGGUGCCAAGCCAGCGGCCUCUGUCGACCCAUGGGGUGUGCCUGCCGGAGCCAGCACGCACUCUGUCCCUAAGAGCUCAGACCCCUGGGCCGCUUCACAGCAGCCCACCCCCAGCGCUGGGAAGACAACUUCUGACACCUGGGGUGCGGUCUCGGCCACCAAGCCAGUGUCUGCCUCUGGGUCCUUUGAGCUCUUCAGUAAUCUGAAUGGUACAAUUAAAGAUGACUUUUCUGAAUUUGACAACCUCCGAACUUCAAAAAAAACAGCUGAAUCUGUGGCCUCGCUGCCGUCCCAAAACAAUGGAACCACAAGCCCUGACCCCUUUGAGUCUCAGCCCCUGACCAUUGCCUCUAGCAAGCCCAGCAGUGCCCGGAAAACACCUGAGUCCUUCCUGGGCCCCAACGCAGCCCUCGUAAACCUAGACUCACUGGUGACCAGGCCCGCCCUGCCAGCCCAGUCGCUCAACCCUUUCCUGGCACCAGGUGCAGCCGCCGCCUCGGCCCCUGUCAACCCCUUCCAGGUGAACCAGCCCCAGCCGCUGACGCUGAACCAGCUGCGGGGCAGCCCCGUCCUGGGCACCAGCAUGUCCUUCGGGCCUGGCCCUGGGGUGGAACCCAUGGCUGUGGCCUCCAUGACCUCCACGGCCCCACACUCAGCUCUGGGAACCAGUGGUUCUUCUCUGACACCACUGGGCCCCGCAACGAUGAACAUGGUGGGCAGCAUGGGCAUCCCUCCUUCGGCAGCUCAGGCCACCAGCACAACCAACCCUUUCCUUCUCUAGUGCCCCGGGCCUGGGACCCACCCCGGAGGGACGUCCAGAGCACCUGUGCCAGAGGACGCCGAGCAGGGACUCUCGUUUGUGGGAUGGGCCUUGAGAGUUUGGGGUGGGCGGUGUUAGGGCUUUUCAAUUCCGGCUUCCUGAUAAAAGGGUUGUCUUUACAGCCCCAACCCUCAGACUUAGAGUGUCGUGUCACGUCACGUGAGGUCCUCGCCUUCCAAGGCAGGCCCGCUCACCUGCCCCAGCCUGGCCUGCUCUGGCCACCUCUUCCCAAGCACUCAGUUCCUGUCAGGGCUCCUCUGAGGCCUUGGACGAG